GAGAAGAACAAGAAGAAGAAGAAAAAAGAAAAGGCGUUGCAACGCGCCAUCUUGUCUCUCUGAGUUAAAUAAAUAUUUAAAUUUACAUAUUCUAUUUUUUAUUUCAGAAAUGAAAUGAGUUAACAUGAACUCACAAAGAUGGUGAAAAUAUCGGAUAGCCAUCUGCUGGAGCAGCUGAACCUGUUCUUCAAGCACCCUGAUUUCCGUAGUAAGGAGCAGAAGGAAGCUGUUCAUUGUGUAGCUGAAUCAAAACAGGAUGCAUAUGUUUCAAUGCCAACAGGAAGCGGUAAAUCUCUGGUCUACCAGCUACCCGCCGUUAUGGCGGAGAGCAAGGUGACCAUCGUCGUAUCGCCGCUGAUAGCGUUGAUCAAGGAUCAGAUAGAACACCUGCAGAAACUGAAGAUUGUUGCAGAGUCUAUUAACUCUAAGAUGGGAGAGAAGGAUAGGAGAAGAGUUCUUGAUGAUUUGAACUGCAAGAAACCAAGAACGAAACUGUUGUAUGUAACUCCUGAGCAAUGUGCUACCAACACCUUCCGUUCCCUGCUGGAAAGACUUGUCAAAUUUGAUAAACUCGCACAUUUUGUUGUCGACGAGGCGCAUUGUGUUUCUCAGUGGGGUCACGAUUUCAGACCUGAUUAUCUGAAACUGGGUCAGCUGCGUAAGAUGACCGGAAAGGCCAGCUGGGUAGCUCUUACUGCCACUGCAUCUGAUAAGGUGGUUGAGGAUAUCAUAUCCAUCCUGAAGAUGAGAAAAGGAGUAAAGAAGUUUAAGAUCCCUUGCUUUCGGAUGAAUUUAUUCUACGAUAUCCGGUUCAAAGAUUCAUUAGAUAAUGAGUUUGAGGAUUUGAAGGUGUUUGUGAACAAGUGUUUAGGACAGGGCUGGGAGAAGGAUCGAAACCCAGGGGGUGGAGUAGGGAUUAUAUACUGCAGAACACGGGAUGGAACAGAGGUCCUGGCUGAUCAACUAUCUAAACGUGGAAUACCGUGUAAAGCUUACCACGCUGGUCUAAAGUCUGGAGACCGGAGCCAGGUUCAAGAGGACUGGAUGGAUGGGAAGGUUCCUGUUAUCACCGCAACAAUAUCUUUCGGGAUGGGAGUAGACAAAGCAACCGUCAGGUUUGUUGUUCACUGGAGUAUGCCACAGGCUGUAGCAUCCUAUUACCAGGAGAGUGGAAGGGCGGGUAGGGAUGGAAAACCUGCCAAUGCUAGGAUCUACUACAGUGCUCGGGAGAGGGAUACUACGGCAUUCUUGAUCAAGAAGGAGAUAGGGACCGCCAAAACAGAGUCAAGGAAAAAGAAGAUGGAGGCCGGUAUGAAGAGCUUCGAGCUUAUGGUGAAAUACUGCGAGACAGUAAACUGUCGACAUGCUGUUUUCAGUCGAUACUUUGGCGACUCCCUGCCUCAAUGUGUCGACAAGUGCGACGUGUGCAAGAACCCAAAAGAGGUGCAACAAGCCGUUGAAUCCUUCCUGAACAGUGCUAUGUUUAAGAAAGGGUUUAUCUCUGGACCUAUUCAACUAGGAGACUCCUCAUCUCUCUACGGAGAAGGACGGGUUGGACAGAAACGCCUGGCGGAAGGGUAUGGAGGAGAUGAUGGAGAAGAUGAUACUGAAGGAAGAGAGGAGAGAGCCAAGAAGGAACUACGUUCUGUAAUCAAGAAACAAUUUAAACUACGGAAGGCUAGUGACAAGGAUGAGGUGAAUAAAGAAGAAGAUAUUGCAACUAUGUAUGCUAAGGUAAAAGCAGCCGAGUUUACAACAAAUAAGAUUGCUGGUUUAGAUGUGAAGACAAGAGAGGAUUAUAUGAGUUUAGUGGAAUCUUCUCUAGCUGAAAACUACAGAGCAAGCAAAGGUUUUAGUAAUAUAGAACUGCAGAACCAUGAUAUCCUGCAGGCUGCUAUACAGGCAGAAUACCAGAUAUUCACCGCAAACAAGGUUGUCACCAUGUAUAGGAAACGAAUGGCAACCCUCAUAACAUCCAUCAAAUCUGAUUCUAAAAAGCUGGAUAUCUCCGAGAUCCUUGUCAACUACAAGCCCGAGGUUGUUGAUAAGAAGAGUUUACUAGAUUUAGCCAAACAGGUUGGGACGGAGAAGAAGAUUGAAACUCCGGUUAAACCCAGGGGUUCAGGAUUCAGAAUUAAGAGAGAAGAAAAUACUCAGAAAAGUUUGCACGAUUAUUUUACUCCGGUUUCUACCCCUGGAAAGGAGGAGAGAAAUGGAGAAAAGAAGUCACCAAGUCCAACAUUUGAUUUAAUGAUAGAUCUUGAAGAUGAAGAUGAUGAAAUAGAAGAGUUUGAGGAUCGAGAGAUCAAUGAGGAAGAUGAUCUAAACGAUGAUAAUGAACCAGAGAAAGAGGAAUUAGUAAAAAGUCCUGAAUCACAACCGUCAACGAGUAAACGUAUGAAGAAUUAUCACAUGAAUGAAAAAUUUGAAUCCCCUGGAAGAGAAAACCCCGUUUUUGAUACGGAAUAUAAAGAAACUAGUGAGAACGAGACUGUUAACAAGAUUCAAGAGAAGAUUGAUAAACUGAGCAGAGAGAUGAAGGAAGGAAUGGAUCAGAUAGCUUACGUUCAAAGUUUAAAAGAAAAGAAAAGUUUGUCUAAGCUAAAGACCGAGGUUGGUUCCAUUUCUCCAACUCCAAACGUUGGCCACAAACCCUCUCCAGCAAAGCGCAAUUCUAAAACUUUGAAUGAAAAAGAAAUGAAGAAACUAAAAUUGAAGAUUGCUGAUGAGUUCAUUCAGACGUUGGUUCCUUUUAAGAAAUCCGGCAUGAUUGAUUCCAAACCGGUUUUUAAGAUAUUGGCGCGGGAGUUGACCCAUCGUGUUCUAAAGCUAGGCAGAUCUGCAGAGAAGGUUAGCGUCAAAUCAGUCACAGAGAAAUUCUUUCAGAAACACCCCGUCAUUCACUCAGAAGAGGAGGCGAAACAAUUCGUUAAAGUUUUUAAGAUAAAUAAAAAUUAAUUCUCAUGUGAUAAAUGAUAAUCAUAUUGUGAUUCAUCUUAACAAUGCUAAAUUUAUUAAUAUGAAGUUCUGUUUUACUUAAAUAUAAUCUACACUGUGCUCUAA